AUGGCCAAGUUGAGGAUCAGAGUAUCCACUGGGGAGGCCUGCGGGGCUGGCACGUGGGAUAAAGUGUCUGUCAGCAUUGUGGGGACCCAGGGAGAAAGCCCCCCACUGCCCCUGGACCACCUGGGCAAGGAGUUCACUGCAGGCGCUGAGGAGGACUUCGAGGUGAUGCUCCCCCAGGACGUGGGCCCAGUACUGUUGCUGCGCGUGCACAAGGCACCGCCGGCGCUGCCUCGCCCGCUAGGGCCCUUGGCCCCAGAUGCCUGGUUCUGCCGCUGGUUCCAACUGGAGCCGCCGCUGGGCGUCCCACUCCGCUUCCCCUGCUACCAGUGGCUGGAGCAGGCAGGGGACCUGCUGCUACGAGAAGGAGCAGCCAAGGUCUCCUGGGCAGACCACCAUCCUACCCUCCAGCGACAACGCCAGGAGGAACUACAGGCCAAGCAGGAGAUGUACUGCUGGAAGACUUACAUCCCAGGUUGGCCUCACUGCCUUGACCAGAUGACUGCAAAAGACCUGAACCGCAACGUGAAGUACUCUGUAGUCAAGAACACCAAAUUCUACAUGAAAGGCAGCUCUGCUGUUGCAGAGCUCAAAAUCAAGGGACUGCUAGACCGCACAGGACUCUGGAGGAGUCUGAGAGAGAUGAAAAGGAUGUUCAACUUCCGGAAGAGUCCAGCAGCUGAGUAUGUGUUUGAGCACUGGCAGGAGGACACCUUCUUCGCCUCCCAGUUCCUGAAUGGCCUCAACCCUGUCCUGAUCCACCGCUGUCGCAAUCUCCCAAAGAACUUCCCGGUCACUGAUGACAUGGUGGCCCCAGUGCUGGGCCCUGGGACUAGUCUGCAGGCUGAGCUGGAGAAGGGCUCCCUGUUCUUGGUGGAUCAUGGCAUUCUCUCUGGCGUCCAUACCAAUGUCAUCAAUGGAAGGCCUCAGUUCUCUGCAGCCCCAAUGACCCUGCUAUACCAGUGCCCAGGGCAUGGACCCCUGCUGCCCCUUGCCAUCCAGCUCAGCCAGACCCCCGGUCCCAACAGCCCCAUCUUCUUGCCUACUGAUGACAAGUGGGAUUGGCUGCUGGCCAAGACCUGGGUGCGCAAUGCUGAGUUCUCUGUCCACGAAGCUCUCACACACCUACUGCAUGCUCACCUACUGCCUGAGGUCUUCACCCUGGCCACACUGCGCCAACUGCCCCACUGCCACCCUCUCUUCAAGCUGCUGAUUCCACACACACGAUAUACCUUAUAUAUCAACACACUUGCCCGUGAGCUACUCAUCGCACCUGGCCAGGUGGUAGACAGGUCCACAGGCCUUGGCAUCGGAGGCUUCUCUGAGCUGAUACAAAGGAACAUGGAGCAGCUGAGCUACUCUGACCUGUGUCUGCCUGAAGAUAUCCGGGCCCGAGGAGUUGAAGAUAUCCCAGACUACUACUACCGAGAUGAUGGGAUGCAGAUUUGGGGGGCAGUGGAGCGCUUCGUCUCUGAAAUUGUGAGCAUCUACUACCCAAGCGAUGCAUCUGUCCAAGAUGACCAAGAGCUCCAGGCCUGGGUGAGGGAGAUAUUCUCCAUGGGCUUCCUAGGCCGGGAGAGCUCAGGCGUGCCGUCCUCCCUGUACACCCAGGAAGCUCUGGUGCAAUAUGUCACCAUGGUGAUAUUCACCUGUUCAGCCAAGCACUCAGCCAUCAGUGCAGGCCAGUUUGACUCCUGUGUUUGGAUGCCCAAUCUGCCGCCCACUAUGCAGCUGCCACCGCCCACUUCCAAAGGACAGGCACGGCCAGAGGGUUUCAUAGCCACCCUCCCACCAGUCAAUGCCACAUGCGAUGUCAUCAUUGCUCUCUGGUUGCUGAGCCAGGAGCCUGGAGACAAAAGGCCCCUGGGCACUUACCCAGACGAACACUUCAUAGAAGAGGCCCCACAGAGAAGUAUUGCUGCCUUCCAGAGCCGUCUGGCCCAGAUUUCAAGGGACAUCAGGGAGCGGAACCAGAGUCUGGCGUUGCCUUACACCUACCUGGACCCUUCGCUCAUUGAGAACAGUGUCUCCAUCUAA